AUGGAGUCAACCGAAAGCAGUUUCGUUAUUGUAUCUCCGGAGAACAGUCUCUUCAUUGGAUCUCCUGAGAGAAGUUUUGUUAUUGAGUCUACCGAGAGCAGUCUUGUCAUUAUCCAUGACUACUUUGACCGACCACCCCCCUUAACACCUGGGGAGUACUGUGGCAGCCGUGAGUGGGAGAUACUCAACUCAUCCAGCAAGGGUGCAACAACAAGUCAGCUAGUCGAUGCGCUCGACAUCGUCACGGACAUCCUCGACAAGAAAAAUAUCCCUUACGCCGUCAUGGGAGGUUUCUCUCUCCAACUUCGGGGAAUGCAGGGUGUUCGUCAGAAUGUUGACUUGGCAGUCCCAUUAUCCAUCCUCAACACUGACGCGAGCGCAUGGCUCACCAUCUUCAAAGACGAGCUAAGGAUCCUUCGGCCCUCGGUGUUUCUCUCAGGAGUCAAAGAUACGACACACAAGACCAUCUUUGUGCAGGUCGGUGAUCCCGAUAGCGACGACAACACCACGCAUUGGGUACGAGUCGAUCUGCGGUUUUUCGGCCAUGAGCACUCAUCCGACACGAACCUUGGCCAAAGCCUCCUCCCAGUACUCGAGGAGUUCGAGAAUGAAAGGGAUCUCGUUUCCUCGCCCCUCUCACUCGAGAAGCAGUACCACUGCCUGAACGUUGGAUAUGUUCUUCAUGACAAGCUUUGCAUGAUCAGGAGAUCUUCCACCGAGCGAGACAUUGCCGAUGUGACAUACAUCCUCUCUGGACACCUGGUAGAAGUGGGCGAUGUUAGCUGGAUCGACAUGAAGCUCCGAACGAACUUCUUGGGCUGUUAUGAUGCCUUGUCGCCGAAUGACCUCAUGACGGAUUACUUUGCAAGGGCAUUGUCGUUGGAGGGGGAUUACCUUUGGGAUAGGUGGACCACCAUACAGAAGAGCGAGGGGAGCAAGCCGGUGCCUGAGAACAAGGAAUGGUUUUGGACAAGGUUCUUCCGUCGAUGGUCAACACCGUCGAAGUCUUCGUCCCAAAAGGUAGCGUCCUAA